AUGACUACCUUCGCAGAUCGACAGUCAUUUUUGAACACUUCAAAGUGGAUUGAGGAAGUGCGUACAGAACGAGAGAGUGAUGUCAUUGUUGUUCUUGUAGGGAAUAAAACUGAUCUUGUUGAUAAAAGGCAAGUUUCAAUUGAGGAAGGAGACGGGAAGGCUCGUGAAUCUGGCAUCAUGUUUAUAGAAACGAGUGCUAAAGUAGGUUUUAAUAUAAAGCCUUUGUUUCGAAAAAUAGCUGCUGCUUUGCGAGGAAUGGAAACUCAGUCUUCCACAAAACAGGAAGAUAUGGUAGACGUUAAUUUGAAGCCGUCUACAAAUACAUCCCAGACGGAGCAACAAGGAGGUGGCUGCGCGGGCUAG